AUGGCUGUCCCUGCCGUCAACGGCGAGCACGCAGCCGCCGGCAAGAAAGUCUUCUUCUUCGACAUCGACAACUGCCUCUACCCGAAAUCCUACCGCAUCCAGGACCUGAUGGGCGACUUGAUCGAUGAGUACUUCAUGACCCACCUCACCCUCACCAAGGAGGAUGCACGGGAACUCCAUCUCCGCUACUACAAAGACUACGGCCUGGCUAUCGAGGGGCUAGUCCGCCACCAUAAAAUCGAUCCGCUCGAGUACAACGCCAAGGUCGAUGAUGCGUUGCCGCUAGACGAUAUCAUCAAGCCCAAUCCCAAGUUGCGCCGCCUUUUGCAGGACAUUGACCGUUCGAAGGUCAGGCUGUGGCUGUUCACCAAUGCCUACUUCACCCAUGGGCAGCGCGUUGUGAAGCUUCUAGGUAUCGACGAUCUCUUUGACGGCCUCACGUAUUGUGAUUACGGCGUUGCGCCACUGCUUUGCAAGCCCGCUCCGGAAAUGUUUGCAAAGGCGAUGAGGGAGGCCGGCGUUACGAAGCCCGAGGACUGCUAUUUCGUUGACGACUCUGCAUCAAACGCUGCGGGUGCUAAGGACUACGGCUGGACGGCAGUGCAUCUGGUAGAACCCCAGUUUCCGGGUCCUGCUGCACCCGUUGCCCAUUUUCAGAUCGAGUACCUGGAGGAGCUGAGGACUAUCUUCCCAGAAUUGUUCAAGGCCCCGUGA